AUGGGAUCUAACCCUGUCAAGGUAUGCACGAAUUUCAAGAACAUUGCUUGUACACAACAUCCGGUUAUUCUGCAGAUCGUAACAUCAAUAGCACCGCGUUUUACCAUGAAAUCCGAUUUCGGACUCACCAUGCCAGAGGGCAAGGCUCCGCAUUUUCCACAGCAGCCUGUAGCUCGCCAGAAUGAUGACGGCUCACUUGAGCUUGAAUGCUUUCUUGACGCAUCUCCUCAGCCAGACAUCAAGUGGUUUUACGAUAAUAAGGAAGUGAAACCCGACUCUCGCUUCCAGUUCAAGCUUGAUUCCAAGGGAAAUGAUUCCUACUCCGCUAUUCUUCAAAUCAAGGACCUUGCCGACAGCGAUGCCGGAGGCUAUCGAUGUGCUAUCGUCAACCCACACGGAAAAGGAAAUGCAAACUUCAACUUGAAGCUCACGGGUUUCUCUUCUCCUACUUUUGUGGAGAAGCCGCAAAUAUCUUCGCGCGAUGACGGCCAAGUGAUGGUCAUGGAGUUCCGCGCUAAGUCGAUUCUCAAGCCCACCUUCGUUUGGCACAAGGGGGAUGAAAUCGUUGCUCAAUCGGAUAGAGUGAACAUAGUUCUUAGGGAGGAAGCUAAUCAGAUCUACUACGCUGCUCUGGAGAUCAAGGAGCCAACGAAAGAGAAGGAUGCCGGUCAAUUCAUCUGCACGGCCAAGAAUGACUCGGGAAAACUAACCGCAACUUUCACUGUGAAGUUUGAGGUACCGCAAGGAGCACCCACUUUCACGCGAAAGCCACAGAUUCUUCAAGUCACAUCUGAUUCUGGUGAUCCAGCUAUAGUCUUCGACAUUGGUUAUCAGGCUGAUCGAAACCCGGAGGUGAUGUGGAUCAAUCCCAAGGGAAAGAAAAUGAAGGAGUCCACUCGAAUUCGUUUCCUCACUUCGCCGGAUGGACCAAACAACACCUUCACUGCUAAACUUGAACUCAAAAAUUAUAAAGCAAAGGACUCGGGAACCUAUACUUGCAAUAUUAAGAAUGAGGCUGGAGAGGCAAAUGUUGAGCUGACGCUGAAUAUCGAAGGUCCGAUGGAUGACGGAGGUGAUGACGGAAGCGAAGCGUAAAUGUGUGAGCCCAAGCAAUGAAACACUUCAACACCUGCGUCCUCGCCAAUUCCCAUGUGAAUGACUACAUGUGAAUGACAUUCUUGAGAAUUUCGAUUGUAUUCUAAUAAAUUUUGACAGACCAGCCAAUGUCUUCAAUUUCGUGAACUU